ACACACAACACUGGUUCUUAUGCCUCUUCCUGAACUUCACUUGUCUCAUGAGUUCCUUGUCAAUUCGAAAAUCAGGUUACUGUUUAUCACUUGAUGCUUAUGUAAUUAAUCGGGAUAAUCUGUUUAAAAAGACAGCCUAACAGCGUGUUUUUGCAUAAAUAGUUUCCAUGACAACCAGGAAAGACAGUCCCAGAGAUAGACUGCUGCAGAAGGAAAUCUACUCAAAGAUUUGAUGAGCAUGUCUUUCGACGAGGAAAUUUCUCAGACAUCCUCUUCUACGUCAUCUCCUCCUCCGUCUUCCUUCUCUCCCACUCUGUGUUUCAUCGGAAAGAAGGAGGACAUCGUCAGGGCUGGACGUGUGACCACGUCUGUGAACGGGUGCAGGGAUGUGCUGGUGUUGCAUCAUCGAGGGCAGCUUUAUGCAAUGGACAUGCGCUGUUACCAUUCAGGUGGUGCCUUGCAGAAUGGAGACAUUGAGGAGUUUAAUGGACGGCUGUGCAUUGUUUGUCCCUGGCACAAGUACAAGAUCACAUUAGCUGAAGGUGAAUGUCUUUACCAAGCUGUGGACAACCCCACAGCAAAGCCAUUGAGGACUCAGUGGCGCUCCAAGGGUGUCAAACAAAGGAUUCAUGAAGUUACCGAGAUCAGCGGGGAUGUAUACGUUACCCUGAACGACUCCACUGAGACCAUCGACUCGGACUUUUACCAAACUGAGAAAUACAGGACUGUUGCACUAAAAACUCAGCAAAAACCCACUCCCUUCCUGUAUCCCAGUAAGAGCUGGACGGAUGUGGACAGUGGUGGUGAUGAUGGAUCCUCCAGCAGAGAUGGAAAAUAUGAACUCCUAUCUGUUGCCAACAACUUUAUUGCGGAUGAGAUCAAGAAUGUUAUGUCAAAAAUCGGACAGGAGAUCAAAUCAAGAAUUUUGGCUUGUGAUAUCACUGGAGGUUUGUACCUGAAGAUCCCUCAGAAAGUGGCCCUGGCACAAUAUCUUUUGUGGGUGUUCCUGCCCGACACUGAGCAGCGCUCACAGCUGGUGCUGCCGCCGCCCGCACACGUGGACUACAGAGCUGCCUGCUUCUGCCAUCGCAACCUCAUCGAAAUAGGUUACGUGUGCUCGGUCUGCCUGUCAAUAUUCUGCAACUUCAGCCCCAUUUGUACAACAUGCGAGACGGCCUUUAAAAUCCAGCUGCCACAGAUGGUCAAGCCGAAAAAGAAGAAACUCAAACUGCUGGCUUGAAUUCUUUUUUUCCAGAAAAAUGUUGUAAAUAUAGUUUUCUUUUGUGAUAGAUCAUUUUGUCAAUAUAAAUCGGGAACAGCCGUCUGGUUUGCCUGUGAGGAGCCAUCUGAACUGUGCCUCCACCUGGUCAUGCACUGUGCCCGGAUGAGUAUUUCCUCAUAGCCCAGCAAUAAUUUACUUAAGAAAGUUGGUUGACACUUAAUUAUGCUAAAUAUUUUACUAUAAAAAAACUCAAUCACACAUGUAUGCAAAGGUACUGAUGUUUGUGCAGACAAAGAAAUACAGAACAGAGAUAACCAAAUGUAACAAACAAAAAUGCUUUUCUUAAGAAAAACUUGCAUAUUUAGUGAGAACAUUUUUUUUUUUUUUAAACAUUGUCAGAUUUUACUUUUUGUUUUUACUCUGCAUGGUGUCAAUUUUCUAAAAACUCUUCUUUUUCAUUGAAACUGUCAAUUAAAUUAAAUGAAGUGGAAAUAUUUUGUGGGUGAUGAAAAAUUGGAGUGUUUCAUCAAAUUACAAAGAUUCCCUGAUCUAACCUGGAUGUUUCCAUUUAAUAAGUUCAGAGAUCCUCUUUCAGUAUCUGUUCAUCACUUCAGGCCAUUCCAAGGAAACUAAACAAGUGCUCCAUAUUUUCACAUGAAUCUACUCAUGAUGCACACACAAGAUGGAGGGUGGCACGGUAGUGUGGUGGUUAGCACCAUCGCCUCACAGCAAGAAUGUUCAGCGUUCGAGUCCCCGGGGGAACC